GCGCUGUGCACAUUUACCGUGUAAUUGCGCCCCGCCAAUAUACACAAAGAAGUAGAAGCAGGGGUAGGAGAAAGCGAAGAAGAAGAACAACAGAGGCGCUAUCAGUUAGCUUGGCAGGUUACGUUGAGGAAAUUCUGAGAGUUGUCUUUCUUCAUCAUACUGCCUCCUCUUCGCCCCCUUCACAAGUGCUGCAGGAGUGUUGGGCUUUUAGCUCUCUUCCCGACCUGCCAACAUGCCAGCCGCACUUACAGAUUCCAGUCAGAUAAUCUGUGAAGUCUGGGCGAGCAAUGUGGAGGACGAAAUGAGGAAGAUCCGGCAAAUUAUUCAAAGCUACAAUUUUAUUGCCAUGGACACAGAAUUCCCUGGAGUGGUUGUCCGGCCAAUCGGUGAGUUUCGAAGCACAGUAGACUACCAGUACCAGCUGCUGAGGUGUAACGUCGACCUCCUGAAGAUCAUCCAGCUCGGCCUCAGUUUCAUGAACGAGGACGGAGACUAUCCUCUUGGCACGACGACGUGGCAGUUCAACUUCAAGUUCAACCUCACAGAAGACAUGUACUCACAAGACUCCAUAGACCUGCUCCAGAACUCCGGCCUCCAGUUUAAAAAACACGAAGAAGAAGGAAUUGACACACUCUACUUUGCUGAGCUCCUCAUGACAUCUGGUCUGGUGCUGUGUGAAAAUGUCAAGUGGCUUUCGUUCCACAGCGGCUACGACUUUGGCUACCUGGUGAAGCUCCUAACAGACACACGGCUCCCUGAGGAAGAACACGACUUCUUCCAGAUCCUCAACCUGUUCUUUCCCGCAAUCUACGACGUAAAGUACUUGAUGAAGAGCUGCAAGAACCUAAAGGGAGGGCUACAGGAAGUAGCAGACCAGCUGGAGCUAAAGAGGAUCGGGCGGCAGCAUCAAGCUGGAUCUGACUCUCUUCUCACCGGCAUGGCUUUCUUCAGGAUGAAAGAGCUCUUCUUCGAAGACAACAUUGACGACGCAAAGUAUUGUGGGAGAUUAUACGGCCUGGGCUCCGGCUCCACCCAACCACAGAACGGCCUCUCCAGCUCGGGCCAGGAGGAGACGAACAACAAGCACUGACUGAGCGCCCAAAUCUUCAAGUGGAAUACACACUUGUUUUAAAACCCAACCAGCAGAUUUCCCCUCUGAUUUCCCUCAACGAGACUAAACUAAAUAUAUUUCUUUAAAGUUUCUGACUGUAAGAUGGACAUGGACUCAGUGACAUUGGAUCCUUCACUGGCUCAGUCAUUUCUUUUUAGUCUCUUUUACUGAGUAUAUGGCCAUAUAUUCAGAACCAUUUUUUAAAUCUAUUUUUUUUUUUUUUUUUUUUACAGCAUUAGUGACCCCCCUUCUUUAACAGCAUGGGACCAGCUCCUCUAUCAUACUGUGAUUUCAGACCAAACCUUGCCAAAAACAGUCCGAUUCUUCAGUUCAGACGAUCCUUCUCGUCAGCGGGACUCGUCUCCUGUUGCAGGGAUUUCAUUUUUUAAGUUAAUGUUGGAAGGGCCUGUAAAUUAAAAUGUAUAAUUUUGAUGAAAAUAAAAAUGUUUUAGCUCUUUUCCACUUUCAGAAACUUUUAACGGUGGGCGUCAAAGUGUAUAACUGUGCUUGGUUAUGCAUGCGUUUCGAUUGGCAAACUACUGUCGUUCUGUACAUUCACCCACCACCACUGUCCACCAUCAGGUCUACAGAUGUGGUUAUUGUUGUUUUUACAUUCUACAUUGUUUUAAACAGUUGUAUAUUAAAUUGUUUUGUAUUUUGAAUGUAAA